AUGCGAAAAUACGCUCUUCUUUUAUGUGGCUAUAAUUUCUUUUUAAGCCUUUAUGUCUUUAUUUUCUUAGCAAAAAUCAGUAAUUCUCUUUCUUUCAAUCUAGAAAAUAUGUUUGCUCUACAGAAAGGAAUAUUUUGAAUCGUCAUAGAUGGAGUUUAUGGAGCCAUUAUACUUUGGCUAAUUUUAUGUUUAGUUAUUCUGCUCAGCUUAGAUGAAAAAUAUCCUAAAGUGACGGCUUUCAGGAUUUUAGCUCGACUUGCAGACUAUUUAAUGCCUAUUUUAGGAAAUUUGUGCUUUAUACCUUUUGUUUCAAUUUGCUUAAAUGUGUUUAUAUGCGAUCAUUCUAUUGGAGAUAUACUAGGUGCCCGAGAAUACGGGAAAAUCGGCUCCACACGGGAACGAUUUUUCCACGUUUGGAGCCAUUUUUCACACGUGGAAGUCAGGAUAUUCACGUGUGAAAAAAUGGCUCCACAUGGGGAAAAUCUUUCCCUUAUGGAGCCGAUUUUCGGUUGCCCGAGAAUGGCGCAAAUAGCGCCAUCCUUGGGCAAUUUCUAUAGCUUUACUGAGAGUUUUCUUGCUGCCGACUGUUAUUAUUUUUGCUGGAAAGAUGAGCACCUAAUAUAUGCAAUUCUUUCUUUUAUUGCGCUCUUAUGCUAUGAGCCAUUGGCUGUUCUGUGCAGACCUUUGUGGCAAGAAUUGCAGCACAUGGUACAUAUACAUACAUCUCCUCCGUUUUUAAUGGUAAAAACUGCCAUUCAAGUUAUAUUUAUAGUUAUGAAUAAAACAGUUAAAAGGGCAGAUAGCACUAUCCAUGGAGCCAUUUUUGCUGUUCUAAUGGUUGCGUACAUUGGAUUUAUAUUUAGAUAUAAGCCCUAUAAUUACCCAAGACUGUGCUGGUGACAAGCUUUGAGUUUAAUUGGUGUGGUCUGGCUUUCUGUGAUGUCGACAAUCUCAUCAAACACUAAAGGAAACGCGUAUAUUUAUUUUCCAGUAGUGUGCAUAGGAUGAAUCAUAAUUGCUCUUGUCGGAAUUUAUGUGCAAAGAAGAAAGUAUCCCAGUCUUUUGUAUAGAAAAAACUUAGAUACAACUCAUUUAUUCAAGUUCGCAUUUACUUUUGGUAAGCACUCCAAGAAUGCACUUGCAAAAAUUGUCCCAGAUCGUCGCACAUCUGUAGAUUUAAUGUCUAAGGACUUUUCAAUUGCAAAGGAAGUUAAUUAA